AUGGUGGAGAUAGACUGUAAACAGCUUGUUGCGAUGCUAACUGGUAACAUGAAGACGGAUACGGAUACUGCUAUUGACGGCAUUAUUCAUGAUAUUAAGUGCAAUGCAGCUGCUCAUCUGGUAGCAGCGCAUGUAUCUCGUGUGGGUGGGAAGAUAAAUACCCCAGAGUUCGCUGUCUCUUCGUAUAACAAGCACGAGAAGAAGAAUUUGGUGUUUGAAAGCGUGGUCAAGGGCAAGACACGCUGCGAGGUAACAGGCCUCCAUAUUGUCCUUGUCAUUAAGGUCAGAGAUGGGUCAUUGCCCAGCGCAAAUUAUGAUGUUGCAGUACGUGAUAAGUAUGCUGGUUCUAAUCCUUUGGAUUUGAUCUACUUCCGCAGAAGACCUAAAUUUUGGUGA